GUCUAUAAAUAUUGAUUUGUGUGUAGCCGCUGUCUGCUCGUGGUAGUACGUACCGGACACAGGUGAAGACCGAAACGGAACCAUACUUUCAGGAUGGAUUUGUUAAAAGAUCUCAAUAAUCCUGAACUCACGGCGAGAUUUCAACAGUUUUGCGGUGUUCAUUAUGCAAGGAAAACUAGAAGGUGUGGCAAUGCUGGGGACACAACAGUUCGUUCAGGCGGAACAUUUAAACCGGCUGAUAUGUCAACUUGCUUGACGGAGCAGACGACAUCCGACAAUAAACAUUUAUCUUGUAGCGGAUUGCAGCAAAGAAAACGAGAGAAAGAACAUAAAAAUGAAGACGAUUGGGAAAAAUUAAACGACCCUCCCGUGACAGAUGUUUCAGAAUAUACGAUAACAUACAGAUUGUUACUCCAUUUUUUUACCACAGCAUCUUCAUUGGGGAAUGAGGCUUUCUACCUGUUGUUUUACCCGUGUUGUAUGUGGAACUGUGAUUCCCUACUGAUCCGUCAAACUGCUCUAGUUUGGUGUUUGUGUAUGUGGGUCGGACAAGGUACGAAGGAUUACUUGAUGUUGCCCCGCCCUUCUUCCCCGCCGGUGGUGCGAUUAGAAACUUAUUAUUUACAAGAAUAUGCAAUGCCAUCCACCCACGCGAUGUCGGCUACAGCCAUACCAGUCGUUCUGGCUAUCCUCAUCAUUUCUAGGUACCAGGUUUGUGUUCCAGUACUGAUUGUCAUGGCAGUGUUGUGGUGUAGUAUGGUCAGCCUUAGCCGUCUCUACCUCGGAGUUCACUCGGUACUGGAUAUUCUGGUAGGAAUAGUGAUGUCCUUGGUAAUCAUUAUCCUGACAACGCCGUAUGUGGACGACUUUGAUUGGUAUCAGCAGACACAUCCUUUCGCUCCUUUAGUCAUCUUCAUCAGUAGUCUGGCCAUGUGUACAGUUUUCUAUCCGAGCAGCAAAACAGGAGAUGUUUAUACAUAUAACACUCGUGGCGACGCAGUACAGAUUGUUGCUGUGCUCGCUGGUGUUGGCUUAGGUGCCUGGACCAAUCUGCAUUUAGGUUUCACCAAUGUUGUCAAUAACAAAGCAGAAAUGCCUUUUGAAGUGGAGCUGCCUACUUUGAAAAUAAUUGCGAUGUCUGUUAUGCGUUUUUUUGUUGGUACCGUAAUUCUGUUUUCUAUGCAAUUCAUAAUAAAGAGUCCCCUUGUUAGGUUUUUUUCGUACAUGCUAGGUCUAGAAAAACCUGAUAAGAAACACCCUCAAGUGGAAGUUGGGUACAAGUUUGUAAUGUUCUACUGCCUUGGUAUGGCUAUAUCUUUCAUAAUUCCAUUUGUUCACUGUAUGUUUGGCUUAGAUCGACCUGCAUUUUACACAGAGGUUGUGUAAAAGUCAUAAGCUUGUAAGUUUUGAAUGACUGCAAUGACAUGCUAGACUCAUUGAAAAUUAUUUCCAAAUGCAGUAUGUUGGGAUGUUGUGAAAUGUGUGAGGCUAAUGUCACGAAAACAAACAAUAUUGUGAUGCCAUUGACCUACCAGAUUAUGUUCUUGCAGAAUUUUAAUAAAACCAGGAGCUCAGGAAACAUAUAAUCAAAAUACACUGUAUAAAACAAUUUUAAGUUUGUCACCAAGUCAACAUGAUUUCCUAAUGUUUCAUCAUAAUGAUACUUUUUCAGCAUAUGUAAUUUAAAUUUUUUUUAAUUGACCUAUAUUUCCUUGGCAUGUUUUUCAUUUGUCAGGAACAGCUUCCUUAUAUAUAUGCAUGUCUGUAUAUGUUAGUGGUUAACCAUGUCCAACUAAAAUGGAACCUUGACCUAUUUACCUGAUGCAAGUAGUUUGUGAUAUAUACAUGUAUAUAUAUAUUUCUGUGUUGCAUUGGCAAUUUACAGUGAUUCGGUCAGUAUAUGAAUACAGCCCCAGGUAUUGCAGGUUAAAACAAUGGCCGCCAGUUGCUUUCGGCCUAGAGAGCUUUCGAAUGCUAGCAUUUAGUUUUUUAUAAUCCACAACAAAAAAAAAGCUUUACAAGUUAUGAGAGUAAUAUUUAAUAUAGUCAACACAAAAUUAUUAUAAGCGCCCUUCUUGAUCUAUACGAAAUUAUCAAUUUAUCAAUGUCAUCAUACUAAUGCAGGAGCUUGUUUCCGAAUUUUCAUAACGCAAGACACGAGUCCAGUAUUCAUAAACAAAAUCUUUAAAAAAUCAGGAGUAUCGACAUGGUUUCUAGUUGUAUAUGUAUACUGGAUUUUAGUUGUGUGGUAUAUUCACUGAUGUCAAAGGCCUACCUUACAAAAUCAAGUCGAAGUUGAAAUCGUUUGCUAAGUUAGCGACACUGAUGUGACCGGUUUGACUGGAAUAUCUGUUUCGAACGUAAUAUCCUUGGAUUCGUUUUCACAUACUGUUAAGACGACUUUAAUUCAGAAUUUAAGAGCCGAUAUUCUUAUGAAUAUGACAUAAAUCCAGUCGAUAGAAACAGAAGUUUUUCCGAGGAAUCAAAUUUGUCCUGUGCAAUACCUGUUCAACGCCGCAUCACUCAUGUAAAAAAUCAUUUUAUGUGUUUGCUAAUAAUAACGACAUGAGGGACUAUAUUAUUCCUUCUGGAAAUUUCGGCUGUUCCAGUAUUUGAACUUGUUGACGUCAUUGAUAGGUAAGCGGCAAAUUUAAAAGCGUCAUAACCUACAGUAAAUUUAAAAAAAUAUAUUUAUGAAUGUAAAUAUAAGCAUUGAACUGUUGCCAAAUGGUAGUAUACAGUCGAUAUGAAUACAAUUCGAGUGACAGAUAAAUAGAAUGACGCCUGUUAUUCUUACCUAUGUGCUGUUUUUACACUGAUGAGAAUGCAGGACACACAGUCUAAUAUUUUUUUCAUUUUUCAUUGAGUUUGAUUUCGUUUCGUUUCAUUUUGCUUUCGUUUCGUACUUUACAGGUACCAAAUCACUCUUUGGAUUCAAUGUUUUCAUUCAAUACUUAAAUAGCGGAUGGCACUCCGAAAUUCCCAUUAUUUGUUUCUUGAUUAAACUAAUUGCUGAUAUUGAAUCUGAUUAAAAUGCUGUUGCAAGAACACUAUACCUAGAAUUAUGGUGCUUGAAUUUUACAUGUUUGUGAAUGAUCUUCAAAAUUUUGUUUUAUAAGUUAAGUAGGUGUUGAUUUACAAAUUUCAUUUUGUAAUCUUCUGUUAUUAAUUUGUUCUUGUGAAUUAAGACUUUGACUUUUGAUUUUCGGCCUGGUAAAAUUUAGCCUUUAAUUUUGUGCAUGUAGGUAUCAGGUCUUGGAAAUAUAGGUAAUAUUCUUGAAAACACUAUCAGGUCUUGCAUUAUAAUUUCUAGGACUCCUUUUAUGUGAAACAAAAUCUGGCUGUGAAGACUUAUUGUUUGAAUAUUCACAAGAAAACCACGAAAGAAAUUUUCAAAUCAACAUAAAUUGAAGCCACAUUUUUUCCAGCAGAACCUAGGAGUGUGAUUAAGCUUUAAAUUAUGAGUAUAAUUUGAAGGGCCUUAAUUACUUAAAAUCAUUGAAUUUGACACACCAAUAUUGUAUGAACUUUGAUACACUUUGUAUUACUAGGGUGUCAUAUUUGCCUUAACCUUUUUUUGUCAAAAGCAAUAUUGGUAGUUAUAGAUUUAUAUAUAUAAUUCUACUAGUGCAAAAUUUGGUUCAUUUUGUUAGGAUGUUUUGAAGCUUGCGAAUCUGAGAAACUUAAUUUAUUUCUUAAGAAUAACUAAUUUUCAAGAGUGGGUAAUAUGAAUAUAAAAAAAUUAAAAAGAAAACACAAAAAAUGUGGUGAAGUAGCAAACCUCCUUGUGAAUCAUAUUUAUUAUGGAGUAAAAGUACCUUACAUGCAAUAAUUUCUAUCAUUACAUAAAUUUUCUGACAUCCAAGUGGACUAAUGUCGGGCACAAUUUCAAACAGUUUUCAUUUCAGUAAUAAUUACAAUAACUUUAGUAUGCAAAAACAUCACUAACAACCAUUUUUGUAGCACCACAAAACAAGAUUAAAGAUUCCCUCCAUACCAUCAUGGGACCUGUAUCUUAACGAUAACCCAACAGAGUGAUCGUUACCUCCUCUUUCCUUUAUGGCACUGACAGAGGGCUAGCCCAAGUUUCCUCUGGCCCUGACACCAUGUCUGGUACAUGGUGUCAGGGCCAGAGGAAACUCGGGCUAACAGCUGGCAUACGUUUCAUGGUUUAAUGCUAUCCCAACAUCGUGUUAUAGCUGUUUAUCUUGAUGCAUGCUUAUAUGCAUUCACUCUCUUCAAUCUGGUGGGCAGUACGGCAGAAGUUUCAGAAGCAUCAUUGCUCCCUUCUGAUAGCUCCCCGUGGCUGAGGCAGCCUUGGUUUCCGGAGAUCCUAACGGGUUCCCAUGCCAUUUGCCCACCAUACAUCUUGCUGCCAUAUCGACUAUAACAGCAUUAAAACCACUGUUCAUUGCUUAAAUGGAUUUGGCCUCCCUGAAGUUUGUUUCUUUCAUGGAAGUGUUCCUCAUUGCAUUGGCUUCAAGUCGUAGGACAAGUGAAAUUCAUGCUUGUCCUCUCACACAUCUUGCCUCCAUUGGUCUAGGAAUUUUUAGGCUGUAUUUUUAUGCUGUAACCCUACUCACUGAUACUGAAAUGAAAUUGAGGCUUUCAUAGUAAAACCAAUUUUCAUAAGGUAAUAUUUAUGGACCCCCAUCCUUCAUUCAUCCCCUCAACAACAAUUAUCCUGGCUGCCCCUUUCGCUCCACAAAGGUUUUGAGGAAGGGAGAUCACCCUGUUGCACUAUGGUUAAGAUACAGGUCACGUGACGGUAGGGAGGGCGGGAUUUUUUGAUCUUGUUUGUUUGGGCUGCAAAGAUGGGUGUAAGUGAUGUUUUUUUUUCAUACUAAAGUAAUGGUAAGUAUUGCCUCAUGAAAGAUAUUUGAACUUUCAAUGUGAUAUCAAAAUUUAUUUUUGAAUAAACAUAAUAAUUAUAUAAGAGCCUAUUUUUAAAUACAAAAAAAGUAGAUAACUUUAAGUCUUUAGGGCUUAUCACUAUGCAUUUUCUCCGGUGAUCCUGGUCCGUAGGGAGCCUCUUGUUCACAAUUUAUUAUUUGAUACAUUUGAUACUGAUUCAUAUUACUAGGAUGGCAGGACCAAAAAGAACUUGAGUUAUCUUGUAAUUCUGUUGUCCUGUGACAGCAUUACACCCCACAACUUAUAAGUUUUUGAAGUGAUAAAAUAAGUUAAAAGUUAUAGUAUAUGUUUUAAAAGCUUAUAAGUCCGUAUAUAUAUUCCCUACCCCCUUCCAAUUUAGUAUUCAUUUAUUAGAUGGUUUAAGAUGAUUUCGCACCAACAUAAUGUGGAAAUAUUUUGUAAUUUUUAAAAAAUUUAUCAUGAUGUUGACUUGCCUUUUUUCAUCAAAACUCCUUUAAAGGUUUUUAAAGGCUUCUAAGUUCAUAAGUAAACGUCCCAUACCGCUCUUAUUUGGUAUAAUACAUGCAUUUACAUUUUAGGUCUAGGUAAAAAAUGACAGUAGAAUGUGUGAAAUAAUUGGAUUUUUUCUGAAUUUCGAAUUACAUUUUGUAUCUUUGAUUUUAGAUUUGGGAAAUCAGACCUAAAUUUGUUAGAUUACUUUCAGAAUUCGAAUAAAGCCCACAUCACUGUCUUAUGCUUUUGUAUCAAAUCUAUUUGUCAUUGGCAUUUUAACAAAAUCCUAUUAUUAGUUCAUUAAAAUUUAGUAUAACCAUUUUUCAAUGGCUGUAAAGGGUGACCAAAUGCAAUCAUUACAUUGAUUGCAUUUGUGUCAUUUAAUACCGGUAAUAUUUAUUCACAUAUUGUAUUUACACGUUUUGUAUAUCGAUUUAAUUCAUGUGGUAGCUUAUAUAUUAUAUCUUGUUUGUAAUUCAUUGUUAUAACAAAUUAAUGAUCAGAGUUGACAGGUAGUGAUCGAUUCAAUAAAUAUAUACUUUUCUAGAUUUUUUGAUAAAGGGAGCAUUAUACAUGUAUCAAAUGUCCAUGAAUGAUCUAAGAAAUAUACCAUCCAACCGUCAGUGCCCUGCAGCUUACUGUAAAAACAGAUCCAAAGAGUAGUAGCUUGUGGCUAUCAUACUGUAUGGAUUUGGAGGCCAUGGCCGCGUUCUGCUAUUUUCUAUGUAGUUAUUAUGCUUUGUUAUUAUCAAGUCUAUGCUUUAUAAGAAAAUAUAUACAAUGCCAUCAAGCAUGUAACAGUUUUACUAUAAUAUUUUUGAAAAUGUAAUACAUGUACAUGUAAAUUGGUUUUUCAAUGAUUUUUUUUUCUUUUGUUUUUUUUCGAAAAUAAUACUUAAUGAUUAGAACGCCCCUGUUUGGUAAACGCAAUAAAAACACCGUUCAAUCCCUAUUUGAUUUUAAUUGCAAAUAAUGAUAGCAAUUUAAAAUAAUAUUCUUAUUAGAACAUUAAAUAAUGUCUCUGGUACAAGAGAAUUUCGUCAGUAGGACAGUCUCACAAAAGUAAUUGCCCUUUGAACAAUUAUGCAUCUGGUCUUCCUUUGAUAACGGUAGCUUAUAUUCGUAAACUUCUUCAUCUACAGCCAUAUACUGUAUAUGUGUCCUUAUCCAACAAUUAUGUAAGGAUCAUUGUCGAGUCUUUGAUUAUAAAAAAUAUAUAAAUGUAGUUGCUUGAAAAAAAAAUCUGAUAGUAUAUAUGCCUGUGUUUGCUCAGGUAUGUCCCUGAUUUGCUAAACAAAAAGUGCAUAUUUUUUGUUUGUUUUCAAAAUGUCUGAAAUCAUUCUGUCUUAAUUGAUUUACAAUCAUUCUGUCUUACAGUGAUUUACAAUCAUUCUGUCUUAAUUGAUUUACAAUCAUUCUGUCUUAAUUGAUAUACAAUCAUUCUGUCUUAAUUGAUAUACAAUCAUUCUGUCUUACAGUGAUUUACAAUCAUUCUGUCUUACGUUGAUUCAAAAAGUAUUCUUUCUUACUUUGAUUCAUAAGUAUUUCUUUUGUACGUUGAUUCACAAAUUUAUUCUUUCUUAUGUUGAUUCACAAAAUUAUUCUUUCCUACUUCGAUUCAAAAAUCAUUCUGUUUGAUUCACAAAUCAUUCUUUCUUUCGUUGAUUCACAAAUCAUUCUUUCUUAUGUUUAUUCACAAAUUUAUUCUUUCUUACUUUGAUUCACAUAUCAUUCUUUCUUACGUUGAUACACAAAAUUAUUCUUUCUUACUUCGAUUCACAAAUCAUUCUGUUUGAUUCACAAAUCAUUCUUUCUUUCGUUGAUUCACAAAUCAUUCUUUCUUAUGUUUAUUCACAAAUUUAUUCUUUCUUACUUUGAUUCACAUAUCAUUCUUUCUUACGUUGAUACACAAAAUUAUUCUUUCUUACUUCGAUUCACAAAUCAUUGUUUGAUUCACAAAUCAUUCUUUCUUUCGUUGAUUCACAAUUCAUUCUUUCUUGCGUUUAUUCACAAAUUUAUUCUUUCUUACUUUGAUUCACAUAUCAUUCUUUCUUACGUUGAUUCACAAAAUUAUUCUUUCUUACUUCGAUUUACAAAAUCAUUGUUUGAUUCACAAAUGAUUCCUUCUUACGUUGAUUAAACAAAUCUUUCUUUGUUACGUUCAUUCACAAAUUUAUUCUUUCUUUGAUUCACAAAUCUUUGUGUCUUACAUAGAUUAUUCAUACAUUGUUUCACGAUUCAUGUAUUCUUUCUUACGUUGAUUCACCAAUAAAUAAUACGUCUGUUUUGGUUCACAAAUCAUCUACAAUUGUGUUCUGAUAUUGAUUAAUCUAUUCUAGGACGUUGAUUUGUUUGAAUGUAUCCGCAAUGGAUAAAAAAUCUUCAAAAUGUUAUAAGUGUGAAUUUUUUGAAGUUGUGAUUUAGUAAUAAAACUGUUUUGAGUGA